CUCUUGUACCCGCUCCAUGGUUCCAGCAUUGUGCCCUGUUUUUAUUUCCUGCUAUUUCCCAGAAAGGGACUGGUUUCUGGGCAGGGUGUGUGGUGUCUAGGAGAAUCUGCAGGUUAGGUACAUCCUAGACACCUGAAGUUGCCACACUCAGAGAGAUGGGGGACUCUUGCAUUCCUUGCCCUCUGUCCCUCCCCUAGGAUGCCCUCUUCCCACCUGAUUGUGCUGCUUAUGUAAUUAACUCAGCUGAGGCUCUCUGCCAAGCUGACUGUGUCUAGGGAUGCCUGAGGGGCCGAGGCCCAGGAGGGAUCAUGGGGAAGAGGAACUGUACUCCCCAGCUGGGAGCCAGUUCCAGGUGGAGACCACAGAGGGCCCGGGGCAAGCAGGGGCAGCAAUGGUUGGUCCUGACGGUGGCUGAGCCCGCAGCCCCUGGAAUAUGCAGCCCAGGGAAGCCCCAGGCAGCGCCAAGGACGAGGCGGCGGAGUGGGGCGGGAGGCAUGGUCUCCACCUACCGGGUGGCCGUGCUGGGGGCGCGAGGCGUGGGCAAGAGUGCCAUCGUGCGCCAGUUCCUGUACAACGAGUUCAGCGAGGUCUGCGUGCCCACCACCGCUCGCCGCCUCUAUCUACCUGCUGUCGUCAUGAACGGCCACGUGCACGACCUCCAGAUCCUGGACUUCCCACCCAUCAGCGCCUUCCCUGUCAACACGCUGCAGGAGUGGGCAGAUGCCUGUUGCAGGGGACUCCGGAGUGUCCAUGCCUACAUCCUGGUCUACGACAUCUGCUGUUUUGACAGCUUUGAAUACGUCAAGACCAUCCGCCAGCAGAUCCUAGAGACAAGAGUGAUCGGCACCUCGGAGACGCCCAUCAUCAUCGUGGGCAAUAAGCGGGACCUGCAGCGCGGACGCGUGAUCCCACGCUGGAACGUGUCACACUUGGUGCGCAAGACCUGGAAGUGCGGCUACGUGGAGUGCUCGGCCAAGUACAACUGGCAUAUUCUGCUGCUAUUCAGCGAGCUGCUCAAGAGCGUUGGCUGUGUCCGCUGCAAGCACGUGCACGCUGCCCUGCGCUUCCAGGGCGCGCUGCGCCGCAACCGCUGCGCCAUCAUGUGACUCCCCCCCACCGCGGGCUGCAGCCCCCACAGGCCCAGGCAGCUUCCCCUCGGGACUGCGGGGCUUGACCGGAGAGAAGCCAGAAUAGAAUUGUGAUGGUCCUGUCCUGAAGCACCCCUGCAGCCACGCGCCUCACCGUAAGAGGCGGGGGGACCCUCCCACAACUGCCCCGUCCUCCCCUCCCGCACUUGUCUGCCCAGGACGCCGGCCUUUAGUGCCAUAGGUAGUGCGGUACCCUGCCCGGCCCUAAGGGGAGCUGCGGCCUUUUGGGAUUAGGGAUGAGCACGUGAGAGUGGAGGGUUGGGGUAGGGAGGUGCUGCCUUGGCCGGGUCCCCACGGGUCUUCCUCAGAAAGUGUGUCUGUCAUUGCCCCGCAACCUCCUUUCCCGUGUCUGUCAGUCUGCCCAAGCGGCUUUUGGUGCCCAGCUGUUUUACCCACCCUCCGGUUCCCCCCGUCACCCAGCUCCGUUCAUAGGGCUCUCAUUUCAUCCAUCCCUUUCUCGCAGAUCCUGGCAGCUUUUUGAGGCCAGCCUUCUGACCUUUGGCACCAUUGACACAGGGCAGAGAGAUGUGGGUGGCCCAAGGUCCACAACUGGGGUCUGAGAGUUGAGGCCCCAGAUGAGUCGGGGGAGAAGGCUGACUCUCCUUCCAGGGAACCUCCAUGCCCAGCAGCCCCCAGAGACACAACAACCUACCUUCCAGCCUUAACUUGAUGGUCUGUCCCUGCCGGGUGCCCCUCACCCCCUUCUUGACCCCAAAGCCAGAUUGCCCCCUGGGUUAAAACUUUUUUCUUGACAGAGUGUGGAGAGGGAAUCCCUCAAGGAUAGAUUUGUUUCCAUGAUGCCAGGUUCCAACCCUCUAUUACCUCCUCUCUGUUGGAUGGUCAGCCAGAUUGGGGGAUGUUGGGAUUGGGGGACUAUUGGUGGACAUGGUGGUGCCCAGGUGGCAUCAGGUGUACCAGUGAGAAUUCUGUCUCCCAAUCCCACCCCAAUCUGACUGCCCCGCACCCUGCCUGCCUUGAAUCUCAGAUUUCCCUGAUUAAUUUGGGGAGGGGCAGAGCUGAGAAAAGAAUUAUGGGGACCCUUGUAUUUAGGGGAGACAGCCUCACAUCUCCACCCCUAGUUGGAGGCCCUCAGGAUCUGAUGCCCCUUGUCCCAACACCCUAUGCCCUGACUCACUCUGUCCCAUUUUCUCCGGCUGAGUGGCCGGGUUUCUACCUCUAGUCACUGGAGCUGAUCACUGUCAGUUUUGUACUGAUUAAGAAAUAACAAAAACCAUGAAGAUACAGGAGCACCCUGAGGGAUUACUGGGGGCCUUGGAGGGUGGGAGCAAUUGUCUGGGUCCUGUUCUCCCUAGACAAGUUAUUGAGGCUGAGCCCUCAGCCGUUGUCUGGUGGGCAGAUAACAAGGUCCCUUGUUAGAGAGGGGCAGAUAAAACAAGCCAGCCUUGACAUAGCCAUGCUGAGGUGUGCAGGCCAGGAAAUCAGGUAGCCCAGAGUUGAUGGAGUGGAGUCUGGGGGAAGGGUCCUGGGUGGGGAGGUUAUCAUUCAGAUCCAGUGUGGGAGGGAAUCAAUGUUCAUGCGUCCCGUCCCCAGCUGGCUCCUCCUCCACCCACCAGGGAUAGCACAGCCCCAGGGUGACUGCCCUGACCUUGGGCAGUCCUGUAUUCCUGGCUUCUAUUUCCUGCUGUGCCGCCUGAGUUUGGGCAAGUGACCUACCCUCUCUGAGCCUCCCUCUGAAACAGAGGUGGUGGCUCCCCUUCCCCGCACUUCGGAGUGGCUGGAAGGGUAAGGAAGAGGGCCUGCCCCCUUUUCUCCCCUGUAUGCCUUCCCCCUGGUUCGCCAGGAGGACGGGAUGAGGGAUGGCAGCAUCUCACCUGCCCUGUCACUGUCAGGCCUCUGGCUGCCCCCUAUGGGAGCUAUUGGAAUGUAUUGCCUGGCUGGGCCCCCCACUUCCACUUGACCCCAGGUAUUUGAUUUUGAUUCUCUCCACCCCCAUUCUGAGUCUCUGUCCUUCUCCCUGCCUCCCAGGGUUUCCCACCACAGGGUCUAGAAGUGUGUGUGUGACACCCAUUGAGCUGUGAUUGGAAGUCAGAUUAAAAAUCAGGGAGUGUUUUCCCUUGUUUCUGUA